AUGUAUAGAAAAUUGAUAUCUUUAAUAUUAGUAGUAACAUUCUUUUCAGUUGUAGUAUACUCAAGAGAUCCUAUCUACUUGUGUGCUGGAAGAGAAAAUAAACAUCCCAUUUGGACUGAACAACCUGUCUAUCAGGCUCAAGUUCCAAAUGUGUUUGGUGAAGAGGCGAUCCAAGAAAUGCUGGGAAAGAUCACUCACAUCCUGCCGAAAACCAUCGUUGAAAUCAUCGAUAAGUUUGGACUGCACGUUGCACUCGACUUUGUCGCCGACGAAAAUAAACAGUACGUGCCAGCCGAGUUCUUUGAGGAACUCCAAGGUUUGGCAGACGGUAGCGGUGUCGACUACAAAGAUCUACUGCGUGUCCACAUGUUCCCAGAGCUGGUCCGUGCCAGCUGCUCGAUUGUCGGAGUCUGGGGAGAAAAUACUAAUGACGCGCGACUCUUGCAACUUCGUGCACUCGACUGGGGAUUGCAAAGUCCGCUCAACAGUUUCCCAGCUUACAUAGUCUAUCACCCCAACCAAGGAAAUGGAAAUCCCUACGCAAUUCUCGGUUGGUCCGGAUUCCUCGGUGCUCUCACUGGAUACUCGCAAUACGUAGGUGUCUCUGAGAAGGUUUGGUUGGCAUACAACGGAACCUACACCUACCGUGGAACUCCAUUCUACUUGGUGAUGAAGCAGAUUCUCCAGUACGAUUCCACUAUCGACGAAGCAAUCAACAGAGUGUACAACGCCAAGCGAACAUGUGCAAUCUUCAUGGGAAUCGGUUCAAACUCGACAAACACCGCAGUCAUUCUCGAAUACUCGUUGGAUCGUGUCAAUAUCUUUAGUGACACCGUUAAAUUCCCGGGAUUCGCACAGACACCUGUUGAACACCCGCUCAUUCCACAGAUGGUCUAUGUCGAUAAGCAUAGACAACCGUCGAACGAUCCAUGUAUGGCUAGUUACUUGAUUCAAGCUAGCAACAUGACAGCUCAGUCGAUUAUCCAACUGUGUGCAUAUCAACAAACUGGAGAUCUCCAUAUUGCAGUUUAUGACUACCAAGCGAAUCAAGUAUACAUCUCCGUUGCCAGCACCAACUUCGAAUUCCCAUACAAGAGUGGUCAAGUUUCACCCUCCUUUGCCAAUCAAUUCAUUCAAUUAGAUAUGAACACUCAAUUUUCACUUCAAGUAAAUAGAGAUUAUUGA